AUGUUUGCUGAAACCCCAACCGACUUUGCCUUCUUUGACGAGCCAUUCGACUUUUUCUCUUUGGAUCCAACCACUCCUGUUAGUUCCAAGAAGAAUACUCUCUCCAUUGAUACCCAACAAAUUGUAUUGGGCACUCCUGCUAUCCUUGUUUCUGGUACUUCCAAACAGGCUACCAAUGAAUUGGAUAAUACCUUCCAAUCCUUGAUGUAUGACUUUCAACCAUCUCCAUCCGGUGAAGUUAAGACUGACUUGUUUUCUUCCUUCUUUGAAGUACAAAACGCUCAUCUAGAUGAUAGCAGUACUGACUCUAACGAUAUGUCCUCUGUUAAUGAUGAAGAUGAAGAUCAAUCUACUCAAAAGAGAAAAAAGAUUAUUGCUUCCAAGAAAAAGAAGGACUCUACUCCUGUUUCCACCUCUGAACGUGUGUGGAAAACUAUUCAUGUUGAUGAAUCUGCUGGUAACUUGGAUACUCAAGUUUUAUUGAAAACUAGAAGGGAUAAACCUUCUGAAUACCUUCCUGAAAAGAUGUAUUCUUCCUUGAAGUAUGAAAUUAUUCAAAAGGCAAGUGGUAACUUCCUUACUACUGUUCCAUUGCUUUUGUGUCGUGCCACUGUUGUUGAUGCUGAAACUAAUAAGGAAAUCAAAUUAGCUAAACCAGUGCUCAAAGGUAAUAUUGAAUCAGCCUUAACCAAGGAUCCAACCAGUAAGAAUGCUGAUGAAUUUGAAUGUAAAAUGAAAAUUCAAUUCGAUUAUUCCUACCAUCAAGAGAAAAAGUUGGUUGCUCUUGAACUCAAGUUUUACUUGAAUGAUAAAUUGGAUAAUCCAAUUUUGAUUAAGAGAUCUUGUCCUCUCAAAGUUUACGCACGCAAACCAAACAAGACUAAAAGAAUGAGAGAAGAAGCUAAAGAGCUUAAAAGUAAGAAAAUCAAGGAAGCUCAAGAAAAAGAGUUUAAUGAUUUCACUAGUCAACUUGACAAAUGUUUUGAGUUGGCUCAUAAAUUUGCUGAUGAAGAGAAGAAGAUUGCAAUGCAAACUAUUAUUAAUAAGUUUGCAAAGUGCUUUGGAUCUGAUGCUAUUGUGAUGGCUAAUCAACCAUCCACCUUCACUGACAGUUCUUCUGAAAGUGGAGACUUUUUCUGA